AUGAGAGGUGAGUCCAUGCCUAUCCAGCACAUGGACACCACUGGUGUGGGGACCUGUGUCCACGAGAAAGGAGACACACCUCCCGCGGUGACACGGGCGGCCGCCAGGGGGCGCCAGAGCUCUGCGGCGCUCAGUCUCGUGCGCACCGUUAUCAUCGUCAUCUUCAUCCCCAUCUUCCGCACGGAGGAGACCGCAGAGUCACAGAGCCAGGCCCCACCACACACCACAACCCCCUCGCCUGUUGAACCCUGGAUUCUGCCUGUCAGCUACCAAGUCCUCAAUGCCGAGCACUUCCUGCUUCGGCCGGCCGACCCGGAGCUAGGUGGGGUGGGCAGCCCCCAGAAGAAGAUCCAACCUCUGGUUUUGUACCGUUCCCGUCGGCCCCCUUCCGUCAACGCCACCUACGGCCCGCUGUCGGCCGUGCGGCCGGUGCCUACCAGUCUAUUCCGCCCCCCUGCGUGGGACGUCCGCCCCUUUGUUAUGUCUCACCGCAUCCUCUCCUCUGAGCCCAAGGUGCGGGUACUCUUCUACCUGGCAGGUGGGCGAGGACCAGGAGGGCGGGGCAGCAGCUGGGGGGCAGAGUCAGGGUCCAUAUGUGUGACAGCCUAUGGAUUCCAGGAAACCCGUGAAGUGAGGGGCUACUGCUCAUUGUGGUCCCACAGCGGGGUCUGUGUGGUAGAACUGGAACCCGAGCCCACCUGGUUCGGACCCGCAUCUGGCCAGACGAAGGGGAACGUGGCGGAGCUGUACUAUCGGACUCGGCUAAACGCUCGAGGCGGAUGCUCAGCAGAGGACAGCGGGAAGGGGGGCGGGGCCAGAAAACUGCAAGCCACGCUCAUGCAGAGGAUCGGCAGCGUUCUUCUUUUGCAGGCCACACCCACCAGCCCCUCCCUCACUCAGCUGCAGCUAGGGAAUGCUGUCGUCAUCCAGACGUCAUCCAGGCCGCUGCGAAAGACAGACGUUGCCACCUUCUACGUGUCGACCUGCGGCAGCGCCUCCAUAGACCACUUCACACUCAGAGCGACCACAAAGAGGGGUGUGUCCUUCAGCAGAGCUCGACCCAGCAGCCAGCAGCUGUGGGACACGGUGCUGGAGCCCGGAGCCAGUGGGACUGUAUCGGUGGUGUGUCAACGGAAGGCCGGCGUCACAGGGAAAAGGCUAGUUACCUCAUCUUGUGAGGUGCUGCAGCUCGACUUUGAGACAGAGGACCUGAGCAGCCAGGUGGAGGCCCAGGAGAUUCGCUGGUGGCUAGAACUACGGGGGGCUCAGGGAGGCCGACACGAGGGCAUUCUGAGGAUCUACACAACCCAGAGGGACUACGUAGGCCUGGCUCCCCUGGUCGCAGACACAGAACUCAUCAACACGGCAGUGCUCACAGGGAAGAGAGUGACUGUUCCUGUAAGGACAGUGGCCGUGGAGAGGGACGGCUCCAUCACCGAUGUCUCAAACUCCAUAGACUGCCAAUCCACUGAUGAGGAUGUCUUGAAGGUGUCGGAGAGGUGCGACUAUGUGUAUGUGAAUGGCAAGGAGACAAGGGGCAGGGUAAAAGUGCCAGUGAACUUCACCUACAGCUACCUGAGCGCCCAGCUGCAUGUGAGCGUGUGGAUGCCCCAGCUGCCCCUGCAGAUACAGGUGUCUGACUCCGAACUCAACCAGAUCAAAGGCUGGCGGGUGCCCAUCGCUGCGGGCAAGCGGGCAGGCUGGGACAGUAAGGAGGAAGAGGAAGCACGGCAGGGGCGGGGCUGCUCCCUACAGUUUCAACACGCCUUGGUACGGGUCGUCACCCAGCUGGAGGCAGAGUCACAGCAGCCAGGACAGUCACCAGCAAGGUUCCUUGGCGGAGACUGGCUGAUGGAUGUCACUCGAUUGGUGCACUACUUCCUGAAGGUGGCAGACCCCCGUGUGGCCCGACUUCAGCAGGGCACAGUGUUGGCUGGCCGGACAGUCGGUGUCACUUCCCUACAGGUGCUCUCCCCCCUGUCUAACUCACUCCUGGCUGAGAAGACAGUGAAGGUGCUGGAGGACAGGGUGAGCAUUGUGGACAUGGGAGUCCAGGUCGUGUCUGCGCUCUCACUCUCCCUGCAGCUCAGCCCAGGGAGCAACCGGGUCAUCGUCGCCACAGCGACUACACCAGAAGUGCUCAACACUCCCAAACAGGAGGCUGCAAUUUGCUUCUGGAUCCGCUGUAGCGAUGGUUCGCUGACCCCUCUGGAUGCCUAUGACUCCAGCAGCUACGUGCUGGCCGUCACAUCACUGGACGAAGACGUGGUAUCCGUGAGGAAGGAUCCGCUGGUUGUGAUGGCAAAGGCUGAGGGCCAGGGGAUGCUGCUGAGGGCGGAGCUGCUCAUCGCCGAAGGUUGUCAGAAGUCCAAGCGGAAGAGCUUGCUGGCGGUUGGCAGCGGGAGCCUUGCAGUUAAGUUCGGGCCCGAGGGGGAACGUGGAUCUGACAAAGACAGCGACUAUGGCAGCGAUGGGCAGGAUCUUCAGUUCAAACCCAAGACGACAGUGAUAGGGCUGACAAACAGUGCAGGGCUCCGCCUCAGCAGUUCGCCAGCCAAUCGCAUGCAGAGUAGUGUGGGCAGUGUGUCCACUAUUGCUCAGUCAGCUGGCGAGGAUGUAGCAGGAGAGGAAGCCACCAAUCGUGGGGAUGGUGAUCUCAGCCGCAAGGGAACCACCAUGACGGAAAGCAUCAGCACCACACACGGCAACAGGCGGAAAGGAACAAGUAACCUACUGGAACUCGGCAAGGGGCCGAACCGUGGAGCCAGCAACACAGAGGAGGACCCCGUACACAUGCUACGCCCCCUUUCCGACCUAGAGGUGGGAAUGUACGCCCUGUUGGGUGUCUUCUGCCUGGCCAUUCUCAUCUUCCUGGUGAACUGCACCUCCCACUUCCUGCGGGAGGGGCGCAGGAGACCCCCCAAGCAGGCCACCGAGACACCGGGCCACAAGCACCACUGGGUGUGGCUGGGGGAGCAGGAGCCAUCAAAUAGCCCCUCCCACAAGGGGGAGCCCUGCGGGCAUGUGGCUCGGCCCAGCUCUGCCAAGGGGGAACCUGCCAGGGUCUCACCCCCUGCCGAUCCCGCCAGGGAGAGCAUGGGGCCCUUCCAAGCCAAGCCCACCCAUGUAGAACCACCACACCCCUCUCCCACCAGUAAGAGGAAGCGGGUGCAUUUCACCACCUUCUCCACACUGGAGCGCCAGCAGCACCUACAAAGGGGGGGCGAGACCGACAUUGUUUGA